AUGCAAUAAGAAGAAAAAGAAACUAAAAAAAAAGUAGCUUAAAAAAUUGAGUUUCUAUUUGUACUAUUCAUAUCAUUAAUAAGCCUGGUAUGUAUAAUGAUGAAUAUUUGGCAAUUUAUUAAGCUAAAAAGAAUAAGUAUAAGAAGAUAUAACAUAAAAUACCGUCAACAGUGAUAGAUGAUUAUGAUAGAAAAAUUUGUAGAUUUGAAGAUAAGUUAACUAAAGUAGCUAUGGAGAGACAAAGUUUGAUAAGGUAUUAUUGUUAAUACUUCGAGAGAAUAAUCGAGGACCCCUAAUAAAAAGGAGAUUUUGAAUAAAAUAAUCAAUUAGAUAUAGACACAUUUAUAGUAAAAAGAGAAAGAACUUUUUGAAAAAAAUCAUUGUGAUACUCCUGUGGCUUAGCUUGAAAAGAAAAAAUCUUAAUUUUUUUAGGCAAAAUAACAUUUAUAAUUAUUGGAAACUAUGGGAUUUAAAUUUGUAGAAUAGGGUAUCAAUAAAAUGAAUAUGAUUAAUCAUAAGUAAGUACAUUCUUAACCUUGUACACCAAAAAAAUCACAAACAAGAUCUUAAUCUAUUCAAAAUAUUAAUAUUGAAUCUCAAAUUAAAGAAGAUAAUAAAAACUAAUUAAGUGAAAGAAUUGAAAGAAUUUAAAGUAAAGUAAAUCAAUAAAUGGCAAGGUUAGGAUUAAAAAGUGUAAACAUAUCUCCUGAUUCUAUUCUAAUUCAAAAGAAAUCAUAAAAAUAAAAUAAAAGAACAAAAAGUUAAUCUCCUAUAAAAUCAGAGAUGAGUUAACCUUUUAAUUUGAAUUAUGAAUAAAUUCCUAAAAAACCUUAGUUUUCUUUAUUUAAGAAAUUCUAAUUGAAAUUAGAUUAAGAAUUAUAAAAGCCAUAAGAUAUUAAAGGAUUGAUUAAUUACUGUAAUACUGAAAGAUUGGAUUUAAAAAACUUAACAAAAGAUAUUUAAAAAAAGAAAAGAGUUUAAUUUAGAAAGUUUAGAAUUAUAUAAAAAGAAUUAUCAACAGUUGGAGAAUUAGGAUUUGAAGGACUUAAAAGUAAAUAUUUUUAAUGA